CAUGGCGGUCAAGAUAACCACAGCAUUUAUUUGGAUCCUGCCUGUCACUUUGGCGCAAAAUGGAUACAUGGGCUAUAAUUACGGCGCUCCGGUUUUGAGGCCCAAUAAUGUACAGCAACCGUACUAUAACAACGUGCCCGAGUUACAUAAUGGGUUUCUUCCAUCACCGGUGCAUCACUAUAACGCAGAAGUAUAUAGAAAUCAACUUGUACGAAACCAACAUGUAAUAAAUUAUAACAAUCAGGGAUAUCACGGUGUUCAGUCUAUGAAUGAAAAUGGGAACAGCUUCACUCCAAGUAUCAGCAACGGUAAUUCUUUAGAAGCUCAGAAUCUACAGGCAAAUGUACAGGAUAAAACUUUUCAUAAUCCCAGCUACACGAACACUCAGGACCAACAGUCGGUCAUCACGAAGCACAUUUACUUCCAUUUACCACCGGACGAUAGUGACUAUGUGGCACCAGUAACACCGUCACCACCUAAGAAGACGUACAAUAUCAUUUUUAUCAAGUUGCCGUCACAAAAAUUGACUAGUGCAGUACGACUACAGCAGAUCGUUUACCAACAAGCUGCAGAGAGCAAAACUCUUAUAUAUGUUUUGGUGAAGAAACCGGAAACGCAAACCGUCCAGCCGGUGACUUCUAAGCCUGAAGUGUUUUAUGUGAAGUACAAAGAGCCGAGACAUGUAGCUGAACCAGUGCAAAACGGCGUAGUAGAACUACGGGUGUCACAGAACGAUAUCCCUGGGCUACUACCCGGUCAGAUUAAUGGACACGGAGUUUAAUGCCUAGCUUGUGUUUGUUACGUCUAGCUUUAUUAUUUUAUUACAUUAUACGUAUUCAGUUAUUUAUUGUGAUGUACUAAUAUGCGUGUGUGUGUGAUUCAUUAAUUUUAAGCUAAAGAAAAUUGUGGGACUUUCGCAGCUUCGUCACAUUAUUGGAUGUGAUACUUAAGCUACCUUAAUAAGUUUGUG